AUGGCGUACACGGCCGUGAUGUCUGUUCUGAAAACUCUGGAUGAGCUCCAAUUUCCGUGCGACUUUCAAAAUUUUCAGUAUCCUGGAUCUGAAAUCCGCACCCUCCAAAACAACCUCACCUUUUUGCAAAAAUUUCUUAAAAGGAAUCCCCCCGGCAUCGAAGAUCUGGAUGUCAGAAUCCGGGAGACGAUGUAUGAAGCCGAAGACGUCUUAGAUUCCAAUCUCUCCAAUUUCAUGCUGAAUUCGGGAAGCUCAGGCUGGGCAGAAAACAACUACAUCCCGAAUUUCUCUCAAGGCUUGGACGCGGUCAACGAAAAAGUUGAAUCCAUCGCAAAAACGGCCAAGGAGCGCAGCCCUCACGUCGAUCCCCCUUUGUUGCUGAUGCCGCCAGUACCAGUAGUCAGCCGCAGGAACUUGAUCGUGGGGCGUGAGAAGGACUUAAAGUAUCUGAAAGAUCGUCUCAAGGCGGCAUCUGCCAAGCUCCAAACGGUUCCGAUAUUUGGGGAUCGUGGGAUUGGUAAGACGCAUCUCGUCCAAACUGUCUACGAUGAUCCAGACAUCGUGUGGAUGUACAAAAAGCGCGCUUGGGUUAAGGUAUCACAGGAUCACAGCAAAAAGGAAACCCUGGUUGGCCUUCUGCGCUCCUUGAAACAGAUUGGUAGUGGGAAGGGUCAGGAGAUGACAGAAGACGAGUUGGCAAAGCGUCUCUCCAGAGUUCUGAGGCAGGGGAGUUAUCUCAUUGUGCUGGAUGACGUAUGUAAUCCCGAGGUCUGGGACAGUCUCAAGGAUCUGUUCCCGGAUGGAAGUUAUAGUCGGGUCAUCUUAAUCACGAGGCGGAAGGAAGUAGCGGAGUCCGCCAACAAUGGAGGAGGCGUGAAGGAAAUCCAACCCCUCGAUGGAGAAGAACCGUGGUCUUUGCUUCAAAGCGAGGUCUUUCGCUACGACCCAUGCCCGGAGGAUUUGGAGACAACUGCAAAGCGUGUCGCGGAAAACUGCAAAGGGCUCCCUUUAGCAAUAGUAGCCAUUGGGGGAGUUUUGAAGAAGGCUGGCCCCAAAGAUUGGGAGAUUGCAGCUUCUUCCCUCACGGACUGCGCAGACUGUGAUGACCUCAUUGAUGCAGUUAUGUCUUUGAGCUACAAGAGCUUGCCGCAAUAUGCUAAAGCUUGCCUUCUCUAUAUGGGGAUAUUCCCAAACAAUUAUGACAUUCGCCUCUCGAAGCUCUUCAAAUUAUGGAUUGCCGAAGGAUUUGUUGAUAAGAAUGAGCAGUUCAAUAGCCCGGAGAAAAUGGCAGAGGGGUGCUUGUUGCUGCUUGUGGAAAGAUUUAUCGUUGUGGUCACUGAGCGGAAUCCUGUUGGCAAGAUCAAAACGUGCAGAGUUGAUGGAGUUUAUUUUGAGUUCUUCAAGAAGAAGGCUAAUGAGGAGAAGUUCUUUCAUGUCAUAACUGACUACACCGACUCUUUUCCUGAUGAAACCUGGACAUAUGAACGGUUUUCUAUUCGUGAAAACAUCCAGUUUGCGGAUAGAGAUAAGUUGAAGUUGAAAAACCGAGUUCCAACUGUUCGUUCUCUGCUCUUUGAAGGCGCACAAGAGCAGAAUCCAUUGUGGGUGCACCUAGAUUUCAAGUUGCUUAAGGUGUUGGAUGCUCUUAAAGUCCGGUUCUAUGGCUUCCCAGAUGAAAUUCUCAAGUUAGUUCAUUUGAGGUACCUAGCUCUCACUUAUCCCGGUGAGAUCCCAGAGGAAAUUUGUAGGCUUUGGAACCUUCGAUUCUUGAUCAUCCUCCGACAUCGCAACAGCAAAACCUCAGAGGCUGUGUCGCGUCUGCCACUAGAAAUUUGGAAUUUGAGUGAACUGAGGCAUCUGCAGUUGAUGGGGAGAGACUUGUCGGAUCCUUCCACUAGCAGUCCACGGCUAGAAAAUCUUGUAACCCUUCUGGAUGUGAGCACCCAUAGCUGCACCCCAGAGAUUCUCCAGAGACUUCCCAACUUGAAAAAGUUAGGAGUUCGGAUUGAAUCUCCAGCACUGGAUGUUGCUGAAGACUUGAGCUUUCUCAGUCAUCUCACCAUGCUUGCAAGUCUUGAAUCAUUCAAAUGUGUGGUUAUGCAUCCUGAUUUCGCGUCUCAAGGGGCUUCUCUCAAUCCCAAUCUAUCUUUCCCUGCCACGAUUACAGAGAUAUCUUUGAGUGGAUGUGGGCUUUCAUGGGAUAAUAUGAAGGCCAUUGCCACACUGCCCAAGCUUGAAUCACUGAAACUGCGAUGGUAUGCCUUCCACGGUACUGAGUGGAAGCAGGAGGGAGAUGGGAAGGUUUUCCCAAGUCUGAGAUUCUUGCUGCUUGAAGACUUGAAUAUACAGUUGUGGAAAGCCAGCAGUGGACAUUUCCCUUGGCUGACUAAUCUGGUGAUUAGACACUGCUACAGAUUGAGAGAGAUUCCUGCAGUAUUUGGCAACAUCCCAGCACUUAAAAAGAUAGAAUUGGUUGAUUGCAACGCAUUCGCUUUAGAAUCAGCUCAAAAGAUAAAGAUGGAUCGACAGAGCAGAGGAUAUAUUCGAGUCGACUUCCAUUCUUCCCGUGAUGAUCAUCAGUAG